AACAUUUAUAUAUACUGGUAAUGGAACUCCAGUUCUCAUUUAUCUGUGUAAAUCUUAUGUACAAUAGGAGCAAAACCGUUUAACGGAAGUAUUCAGGGGAGGGCUAAUAUAGAAUGAUGAUAAAGCCUAUCGUUUCUACCGUGAUGGUCCUUGUUGUUGUUGCAUUGUCCAUUGUAAGAGCUUCAUCUCCAAAUGAGUUCAUGGGAGACAUGAAUGGUUACAGAAGUGCCUGUAAAAAACUGGGCUGGGAACCGAAGCAAGAUUGCACCGCAAACCACAUUAUUGCCUUCCAUGCCAACAUAAAGUCCCAUCUUACCAAUGUCCCGGUAAAUACAACCAUUCAAUUCAACAACGUCCAGUUAAACAGGGGCGGGGCUUACGACCCAGAAACCGGCAUCUUUACUGCCCCGGAGGAGGGGGUCUACUCUUUUGCUUGGAAUUUCCUGUCAACAAAAGGAGGCACCGUGUAUAUUGCUGCAACAGUAGAUAAUUUCGAUCAUGCCCAUACGUGCAUCGGGAACCAGCAAAGUCAAUAUAUCAGCACGUCUGGUCAGCUGAUCUACGAGUUGAAGAAGGGAAACAAAGUUUGGAUAAGAGUUUGGCACGUUCCGGCCACAUUCAUACACGGUGGAUAUUAUACGUACUUUUCCGGAAGUAAAAUUAACUCAUUUUGAAAACUUAAGAAGAGAGAAAAAUACUGACAUGGAAUGAACAGACAUGUUCUAAUUUCCUAAUUAUAAGAGAUAAAAAAUAAAUACAAUUUAAAAAUUAAA